AGGCACGCCGGCCAAAGUCCACCUCGAGGAGCCGGAUGGCCGACAGACCGCGCCCCCCGAAUCUACGCUUCCUCCCAGGAGAGCGAGUCCUGGCCUGGGCCCCCGCCGUGAGAAGGCGGGCAGAGCCGGAGCUGCCCGGGACCCUGAUCUGCACCAACCUGCGGGUGGCAUUUCGACCCCGCGGGGAGGCCUCCGGUGGGGCGCAGGACGCCCCUCUGAACGGCAACUAUGAUUGGGCUCUGACCAAUAUCAGGCAGCUGGUGGCAGCCUGGAGCGGCCCGACCCGCCCCCAGCCCCUGCGGCCCGGGGUCCCCCCGCGCUCCGUCCCCGAGGAGCUCCUCGUCCUCGGACGAGAUUUCCGCCAGCUGCGCGUCGGCUUCGGGGACGGCGGACCGGACGCCGGGGCCUCCCAGGUGACCACGGCCAUAGUCCGGGCAUGGCAGCAGAGCAGCCAAGCCGGCCGUUACGAGGAAACCCAGCUGAGCGGCUGCGGCCGGGGUCUGGGCCCCGGGGAGCCCCCCGUCCCGCUGUGGGAGACGCCCCAGGACUGGGAGGCCGGACUGCAGAGGCAAGGGGCCGGCGGCUGGAGGGUCAGCCUGGCCAACCAGAGGUUCGACGUGGCCGCCAGCCUCUCCCCGUAUUUCUGGGUGCCCAGCCGGACCCUGGACAGCGAGAUCCGCAGGGCUUUCGGUCACUUCCAACAGAGCCGCGGACCGCGGCUCUCCUGGCACCACCGGGGGGGCGGCGACCUUCUCCGAGCCGGUGGCUUCCACCCAGCCAGCGACCCUGAGACCCAGGACGUCAGGGCGGCGGAGUCGCUGCUCCUGGCCGGACACUCGGAGUGCGUGCUGGUGGACACGGCCGAGGAGCUGCCCAGCCUCGCCGACAUCCAGCUCUCCCACACGCGCCUGGCCUCUCUGUGCCUGUCCGAUGCCCCGCCUGCCCAGGACAAGUGGCUGUCGGCCCUGGAGGGGACCCGCUGGCUCGAGCACGUCAGGUCCUGCCUGAGGAAGGCCAGUGACAUCUCCGUCCUCGUCACCACCCGCCGCCUCUCCGUCGUCCUCCAGGAGCCGGGCGAUCGAGACCUGAACUGCCUGGUGUCCUCGCUGGUGCAGCUGCUGUCGGAGCCGGAGGCCCGGACGCUGGGCGGCAUCCAGAGCCUCGUCCAGCGCGAGUGGGUGGCGGCCGGGCAUCCCUUCCGCACCCGGCUGGACCCCCUGGGCUCGGGGCGUCGGGGGCGGCCCGGGGACCAGGCCCCGGUGUUCCUGCUGUUCCUGGACUGCGCGUGGCAGGUCCUGGCCCAGUUCCCGGGGCAGUGCGAGUUCUCGGAGAGCUUCCUGCUGGCCCUCCACGACGCCGUCCGCCUGCCCGACUCCUCCACCUUCCUCCACGACUCCGCCUGGGAGCGAGGCCGGGGAGCUCGGGGGGCCGCCGGGGGGCCCGGGGCCCAGGUCAGGACCCGACCCCCCAGGGAUGAACCUCAGAACCCGGGGCGGGGGCUGGACGCCCCCCCCACCCCCAUCCCUCACCCCCUCCCCGUGUACACGACCCCGACCCCGACCCCGACCCCGACCCCGCGGACCGUCUGGGACUGGGGGCUGCGGUGCUCGGGCCAGCAGAGGGCGCGCUUCCGAAACCCCUGCUACGCCCCGGAUCCUCCUCCUCCGGGGAGGCCUCCGGGACCCUCCCGGGACAAGCCGGGCCCCGGGGCCGUUGGCGUGUGGCUGUUGUCUCGGGGGUCGCUGAGCCCCCUGGCCCGCCUCUGCCCCUGGCGCCCCCGCCCGGACCCCGCCCCCGCCGCGCUCCUGGGACCCCUCGUCCGCCUCUGGAAGCGAUGCUACCUGCGAGGCGGGGACCAGGACCAGCCAGGGCUCUCGGGCCUUACCGUGUCCGGCCUCUCGGAGGAACUGCGCUCCCUCCAGCAGCUGCUGACCCACAGACCGUCCGGGCCGCCCCCCGACUCCGGGACCCUCGACCCGGACGCCUCGCUUUCCCCGUCCCGCUGAGCGCCCUCCACCUCCCCGACCCCGGCCCCCAAAGACCGGCUCUGUUUGGAGGGAGUUACCUCCCUGUGGAUAAAAAAAAGUGGGGAGAGAACAGAUGGAGACCCCCUCCCCCAAAUCCCCUCCCCCCAGGACGACUCUAGGAGGAUCGGGUUUGGGGGGGAGGGAAGGGAUGCUGGUUUCCAUGGCAACGAGACCUUCCUCCCUCUCCUCCCAUCCCCCGGAUUCUGGUCUCUCACUCCCUCCGGCCUUGCGGCGACGAGUGUGGGAGGAAGUGUUGUAUCCACCAAGAGGGGGGAAUCGAAUCCAGGAUUUUCUACCACCGGGAGGCUGAUUCUGGGUCUGCGGAAAGGAGAGAGAUGGGGAAGGGAUGGGCUGGGAGGAGGGGAUCCAGGAAAUUCGGGGGAGCUGAUCCCCACCCGUGCGUCUUCUCUCCCGGUGCUCAGUACCGUGCUCUGCCCACCGUACUAAUAGAUACUUAAUAAAUACGAUUACUACUCCUUCCCAAGGCGGGUGGAGAGAGAUAGCGGGUGAAGAGGGGGGCCCCCGACAUCCCCCAACUGCCAUUUCGGCAUUUCCACACCACCCAAGUCCUCCCACGCCCCAUGCAGCACUUAUGUCCGUAUCUUUAUUGGCCCUUCCUUCCUCCUACCUGUAAUUUAUUUGAGUGUCCGUCUCCCU